GGCGCCUGCGCGUUGGUGGCAGUGGCCUAGCAGCGUCCCGUCACAAAAGGAAGCGGCCAUCGCGGUGAGAGGAGAGAGAGAGAGAGAGAGUGUCUGCCUGCCUGCCGGCGAGGCUGGAGCGCGGCUGAGGGCAGGGAAGAAGGACGACGCCGCCUUCGCCGCCGAGGAGGAGGAGGAGGCGGCGGAAGAGGCGGCGGCGGAGGAGAAGGAGCCGGCCGGCCUCAAGGCUGGCGGGCGGUGGCGGCGGCAGCGGUGGCGGCGGUGGCGCGGGGGCGAGGCCUGUGCUGAGGGCCUGAGGCCUCCCUCGGCUCGCUCCCUUCGCGCCGCCGCCGCCGCCUCUCCCUCCUCCUCCUCCCCGCCUUCCUCACCGUCCCCUCACCGUCCCGCUCCUUCCUCUCUUCUCUCUCUCUCGCCCUCGCUCGCCAUGGCCCAGCAGCAGGUGAGCAGCUCGCAGAAGGCGCUGAUGCUGGAGCUGAAGGGCCUGCAGGAGGAGCCCGUCGAGGGGUUCCGCAUCACCCUCGUCGACGAGUCCGACCUCUACAACUGGGAGGUGGCCAUCUUCGGGCCCCCCAACACGCUCUACGAGGGAGGGUACUUCAAGGCUCAUAUUAAAUUUCCUAUGGACUACCCAUAUUCACCUCCUACCUUCAGAUUCCUGACCAAAAUGUGGCAUCCCAACAUUUAUGAGAAUGGAGAUGUAUGUAUUUCAAUCCUUCACCCACCUGUAGAUGACCCUCAGAGCGGGGAGCUGCCAUCGGAAAGGUGGAACCCGACCCAGAAUGUCAGGACUAUCCUACUGAGCGUAAUCUCCUUGCUGAAUGAGCCCAACACCUUCUCUCCGGCAAACGUGGAUGCUUCGGUCAUGUUCAGGAAAUGGAGGGACAGCAAAGGAAAAGACAAAGAAUAUGCGGAAAUCAUUCGGAAACAAGUCCAGGCAACCAAGGCAGAAGCCGAAAAGGACGGCGUGAAGGUCCCCACCACCUUGGCGGAGUACUGCAUCAAAACUAAAGUGCCUUCCAAUGACAACAGCUCGGAUUUGCUUUACGACGACUUGUACGACGACGACAUUGACGACGAAGACGAGGAGGAGGAGGAGGACGCCGAUUGUUACGACGACGACGAUUCCGGGAACGAGGAGUCCUGACCUGGCCCCUCCGCUCCCCGGCCCCGGCCCCCCGUACUGUCCCGCCUGUUUUGCCAGAGGGGGGCUGCGGCGGCGGCCUCCAAGUGACCGUUCAGCAAAAAAUAUAUCUACACCACAUCUACACCUACACAUGCAUACAUACACACACCGACCGGGGUGGGGAAGAAGACACCGACCGAACCCGCGCGACCCGCUUCCUUCCUCCUGCCGUACGGGCCUCGAUCUCUCCCCCACACCCUGGUCUUUGGGCCUCCCCACGAGGAAGCCCUCUUCUGCAGAAUGUCUCAGAGUUCUUGCAUCCUUGCCUCUCCCAUCACUGUAUUCUGAAUUUUGCCCCCCUUUUCUUUUUUCUCCCCCCCCCCCCUUUUUUAAAACUAGCGGCGCUCCUGGCCCCCCCCCCCCGGCAUCACUCUGCUCCCCUCCCGCCCGCCUUUCAGGGGCGUUUCCGCAAGACGAGGAGAAAUAGGUUUUGCUCUGUGUUUAGCUUCUUGAAUUAAACACAGUUUUUCAUCGA